AUGGAUUUGCCUGACGAAUUUAUUCCAUCACUCGAUCGUCCUGUUAUCCUGAGGAAGUUUAACAAACUAUCAGCAGCUACGAUUCGUGGCAUAGUGUCCAAAUGGUGGGAAAAGAUUGAUACUCGCGAGAAGCGGUCCUCCACCAAAGAACUCGGAAGAUUAAUACGGAAAGUUGAGGGAAAAGGUCACAACCGACAAAAGCUCAUAGGAUUUAUUCUCGACAAGUUUUGGCCACAGGGACUAAACUUAUCACAGAUUUCAGACCUAGACUUUUGUAGCUUGCUUGAACAACCUAACUCAUUCAAAUGGACUCUGAUGGCUGCUGAAAAUAAGGAAAUUGGCUCCGCAGUUUUUCAAGUGAUACCUGAACAGCUGAUAUGUGCUUUAAAACAAGACCUUCAGCCGCUAUUUUCCAUACACACUUGUCUUCGCCCACAUCCGGAACUUCCUUUGCUCGUUCUUAGAGUUCAGCUAUUUGACCAAAAACGUUGUGGCCCUGAAAGUGCCCAAAAUCCGGCUCCCGCGUACAACUCUACACGAAAGCUGAUCAGUAGAGCGCCAACAUAUGUCGUCCUCCCUUUUAACAUUUCAUCCGUCGGGUUUUCAUUUGGAACGGAUCUUUAUACAAAACUUAUCAUCAACAGCAUCUGCAAGUCAGUGCAUUCAAAAAACAAGGUCAAGUUGGCAAAAGUUGAUAAGCUUCCGGUGCGGAAUCUAAAUACAGUCGCUUUCCUCCAUGGCUUGUCUCGAUAUGCAAAUGCGCAAGGGGUUUGGCGCGCCUAUGCUGAUCGUAAGGUUGAUUCCUCACCUUUAGACAACCCACAUAAUCAUGAAAUCGUUCAAGGACGAGAACAACUGAAGUGGAGUUUGCAAAGUCAAACAGGGAAGGCCAUGAUGAGAUUCAAGGGACGUACAAACAUCCCAGAACCAACUGCAACUUCCGCAGAAAAAUUGAGAUAUAAAUCCCUGCUCCCAGUACCAAGAGUCGAUUUCAUUAUUGAGAGCGAAAAGUCUCCGGAAAAACAGGCAAAGUUUAAGCUUAGUCUUUGGGGAACUGAUGUUUUUGGUGGUUUACAUGAACUUUGUGAUAAGGGUUACAUGGAUAUCAACAGGGUCCCUGGUUGGUUAACAGGAGAAAAUGGCCCCAGGUCCGGCAAAAUCAUAAAUGGGGAAUUUUAUAGCGAAGAUAUUAGUCACCGCACCCUUUAA